UCGGCGGCCGCAGGGCGGGGGUGCGGAGGGAGGAGCGGCCGCGUUCGGGCCGGGGGCCGGGAAUUCAUCUCUUCCCCGGCGGUUUUUGAACUCCCGGCGGCGCCUUUUCGCUCUUCACCCUCGGCAGGGAAGAGGGGCCGGGGAGAGCCUUCCCCGUCGCCGGAGCCCGCGGCCAUGGACGAGCAGAGCGUGGAGAGCAUUGCUGAGGUAUUCCGAUGUUUUAUUUGUAUGGAGAAGUUGCGCGAUGCACGUCUGUGUCCUCAUUGCUCCAAGCUCUGCUGUUUCAGUUGUAUUCGGCGCUGGCUGACUGAACAAAGAGCUCAGUGCCCUCAUUGUAGAGCCCCGCUGCAGCUGCGAGAGCUUGUAAACUGUCGUUGGGCAGAAGAAGUCACACAACAGCUUGAUACACUUCAACUGUGCAAUCUCACAAAGCAUGAAGAAAAUGAAAAAGACAAGUGUGAAAAUCAUCAUGAAAAGCUUAGUGUUUUCUGCUGGACCUGUAAGAAGUGCAUCUGCCACCAGUGUGCUCUUUGGGGAGGGAUGCAUGGAGGGCAUACUUUUAAGCCAUUGGCAGAAAUCUAUGAGCAACAUGUCACAAAAGUAAAUGAAGAAGUGGUAAAGCUGAGGAGAAGGCUCAUGGAAUUGAUCAGUUUGGUGCAAGAAGUGGAGAGGAACGUGGAGGCAGUGAGAAGUGCCAAGGAUGAGCGAGUUCGGGAGAUCAGGAACGCGGUGGAGAUGAUGAUUGCCCGGUUAGACACUCAGCUGAAGAACAAGCUUAUAACACUCAUGGGUCAAAAGACAUCACUUACUCAAGAAACUGAACUUCUGGAAUCCCUGCUUCAAGAAGUAGAGCAUCAGUUACGAUCCUGCAGCAAGAGUGAGUUGAUAUCCAAAAGUUCAGAGAUCCUGAUGAUGUUCCAGCAGGUUCAUCGGAAGCCUAUGGCCUCAUUUGUCACUACUCCUGUCCCUCCAGACUUCACAAGUGAAUUGGUUCCAGCCUAUGACUCAACUACAUUCGUCUUGGAAAACUUCAGUACGUUGCGCCAGCGAGCAGAUCCUGUUUACAGUCCGCCUCUCCAAGUGUCAGGACUUUGCUGGAGGUUAAAAGUUUAUCCAGAUGGAAAUGGAGUAGUACGAGGCUACUACCUGUCAGUGUUCUUGGAGCUGUCUGCUGGAUUGCCAGAGACAUCCAAGUAUGAGUACCGUGUAGAGAUGGUUCACCAGUCCACCAACGAUUCCACCAAAAACAUCAUUCGAGAGUUUGCCUCUGAUUUUGAAGUUGGAGAAUGCUGGGGUUACAACAGGUUCUUCCGACUGGACUUGCUGGCCAAUGAAGGCUACUUAAACAGGCAAAAUGACACUGUCAUCCUAAGGUUCCAAGUUCGCUCACCAACCUUCUUCCAGAAGUGUAGAGAUCAGCACUGGUACAUUGCUCAACUGGAAGCAGCUCAGACAAGUUAUAUCCAACAAAUAAAUAACCUUAAAGAAAGGCUGGCGAUUGAACUUUCCCGGACUCAGAAAUCACGAGGCAUUUCACCUCCAGACACUCAUCUUAGUCCCCAGAAUGAUGAUGGUUCAGAAGCAAGAUCAAAGAAAUCUGGACAAAGCACUGAAGUACUACUUGAGAAUGUUGCUGCUCCAGGAUUAGUACGAGAUAGCAAGGAAGAGGAGGAGGAGAAGCUCCAGCAGGAAGACUUAAAUCAUGAGCUCUCUGAUGGUGAGCUGGAUAUAGAUCUUGCUGGAGAAGAUGAGGUGAACCACCUUGAUGGUAGCAGCUCUUCAGCUAGUUCAACAGCAACUAGUAACACUGAAGAAAAUGAUAUUGAUGAAGAAACUAUGUCUGGAGAAAAUGAUGUGGAGUAUAGCAGUAAUAUGGAGUUGGAAGAAGGAGAUCUCAUGGAAGAUGCAGCAGCUGCUGCUACUGCUGGAGCAUCAGGUACCAGCCAUGGCUACACCAGUGCCAGUGGAAGAUCUUCAAGGCGGGGAGGAAGUGCCCUGGGUUCAACAGCCAGUAGCAGUUUAUUAGAUAUAGAUCCCUUGAUUUUAAUCCACUUGUUGGAUCUAAAGGACAGAAAUGGUAUGGAAAACCUUUGGGGCCUUCAGCCACGUCCACCUGCCUCUCUUCUGCAGAACAGAGCAUCAUCCUAUUCUCUAAAAGAUCGAGAUCAGCGGAGGCACCAGGCAAUGUGGCGGGUACCACCUGACCUAAAGAUGCUGAAAAGACUUAAAACUCAGAUGGCUGAAGUUCGGAGCAAGAUGUCUGAUGUAAAAAACCAACUGUCAGAAGUGAGAAGCAGCAGUGGUGGCUCAUGUGAUGGACAGCCCAGCUUCUUCUCCAUUGAGCAAGGCGCUUUAGCUGCCUGUGGAACAGAGAGCUGCAGCAAGCUGCAAGAGAUAGGAAUGGAACUGCUAACCAAGUCUUCAGUUACCAGUUGUUACAUAAGGAAUUCUGCCAGUAAGAAAAGUAACUCACCCAAAGCCCUUCGCUCUGGAGCAGCUGGGAGCCUGUCCCUGCGGCGAGCCAUGGACUGCGGGGACAGCAGCCUGCGUCUGAAGGCAGACAAUCAAACUGCUGAAGGUGGCAUAGGGAGUUCCAAGCUGAGCAGUCGGCAUCACUCUGCCAGGCCCCUGGCAAACAGCAACACUUCUGAGGCACUGCCCAAGCCAGAGGAAAGACCUUGUGAAGGUUCAGAUUCUGAUGUGGGAGUUUCUGGCUUAAAUGGCUUAGCUGCUGUAGAGAAGACCAGAAAAGUUGGUGCUCUAGGAUCAAAUUCUAAAGGAUGUCGUACAGAAGGAGCACAGUCAGGUGGUCUGGAAAACAACUCUGAAACUGGUGAACUGCAGGGUAUUCUGUCUGAAGGUGCUUCUGCAGGGCCAGAAGAAGCUGGGGUAUGUCAGACGCGUGUCCUUCAUCUCCUACCAGGAAUGAGCAGUGACAGUGACAUUGAAUGUGACACAGAAAAUGAAGAGCAGGAGGAUGCCCCUUCUGCCUCGGAGAGAUUUAACCAUACCUUCUCUGUCCAGUCCUCCAGUGAAGCCUCAGAGCGGAGCUCAGCAUUCCCAGAGGGCGAUCAAGUUGGUCCUGAUGAUCUCAGCUUUGUUACUGAAGAAGACAGCACCAGCAGGUAGAGAACAGGCUUGGGGCCAGAAGACCUGUCGGCUCGUGUCCGUGGGAAGAGGUGGUGCAUUUAUUCACUGGAGCUUAGCCUGAGGCUGGUGUUGGUGGGUCUGUGCACACUCCCUUCUGUCAAAUACCCUUGUGUGGUUCUGCAGUCGUCUAACACCUGUUACUGGGGCAAAGUGACCUUUGAAGGCCUUACACUGAAGGUUGCAUUCCUGCUGGCUCUGCCAGCUCCAGAAGCUCUGAAAAGCCUGAAAGGUGCUGGAGCCCCAUUUCAGGAUGUGUCCUGUUGUGUCAUUGGGAUAACUGUGAAUGUGUGAAUGUCCUCAUUGGAACAGGAUGAGCUGGUUGUGGGACUGCUGUGCCCCACAGGUGCGGUGGAGUGAGAGUUGGGGUGAAGUAGCUGGCGCAGAAGUUGUUUUCCUCAGUCUUUUGUUGUGGACCAACUGAUCACAUUGGCAAACUCUUUGCCACUGUGUUGCAUUUUUUGAGCUGCUAAACUCCUUGUGAAGCUACAAUGAAAGCUGAAUACCUGGUUAGUGACAAAGCAUGAAUAGCUGUAACUGAUAGUUGUCCUUGUCUCAGCUGGCUGUACUGAUGUGCAUUACUGUAAGAAUGUUCCACAGUGGCAGUGCUGUAGUUUAAAACUGUUUGCACUUUGUUAAUAAAAUGAAUGUUGAACUCUGGUGUGAAGCUCUGGAUGUCUGUGUGUAAAUAUGUGAAAUGGUAGAGAUGGUCUGUCAGGGUGAGCAGCUGCCACCACGCUGGACUUGCUCUUUGGUUCUGAAUUGCUGUAUUGCCUGACUGCUAAUUGAGGAGUUUUCCUGCCAUACCGCUGUCACACUUUUCCUGAAUUAUGCUAAUGAAAAAUGCUGAAAUCUGUCUGGGAUUCUUAAAGUGUGUUGGUUUUAAAUGCUUAAAUCUCAACAGCAACUGAGGAGGAUCCACAGUUUUUACCUGAAUCACCUGCUUCUCCCUCAGCUAGAGGGAGAUACAGCUCAGAGCUGCCUGUGCACAUGUUGUCCCAGCUGCUGAAGUGGGACUGUGGCAAGCUACACACUCUGGUGCUGCAUUGUGAGUAUUUGCUGUUGUACAGGGCUGCAUGUGAUUAUCACACACAGCUCAAUUAGCAGUAAUCACAGAGCUCUGCCUCUUCAACACUCGCAGAUGCUUUACUCUUAAUAAGAUGCCUAAGCUGUAGGAAAUUAUUUUGAUUAGCCACAUCAUGUGUGCUGGAGCUGGUGUCCAGCCUUUGCAAGGACAAGGAAUAAGCCAUACCAUUGUGCUUUGCUCACCUAAUGAAGAACCUUUACUUAUAUAUGGUCAGUUUUUAAACAAGAUGUGGGGAAACAGGCUUGGAAUGUUUAUCUAAUUAACUUACACUGUGCUGCACCAGCCUCCUUCCCUGUAGAAGAGGUUCUGGGUUACCACAUGGACACACAAGGCUGACCAGUGUUGUUUUCUGUUACACAUAAUGCAAAGGAAAUCUGCUUUCACCACAGUAAAGAGACUUAAUUCA